CGUCCAUUCAAUUGAGAACCUCAUUGAUCUUUUCUAGGGUUAGGGUUUCCGUAGACUCGUUCCAAGAAUGAAAAAGAGAAGAAGCAUUUUCAGAAAUUGAGUGGAUCCUUUUACAAUUUUCCAACAACAUUUUCAACCUUCAAUUCGAUUUCUCCCAAAUUCGCACCUUCACCCUCUGUUUCUCUAAUGCCAAGUUUACCACCAACUCUUUUCUAAAUCCUCAUCCUUUUUCCCCCAAUUCAAACAAAUUUGAGAUGAAUAACAUAAAAGAUGGUUGCUGGAUUUUCCCGAGCUGUGUUGUCUCUUGUCAAACAUUGGAUGUAUAGUAAAUGAAGUUAAUUUGGAAUUUGAGGUGAAUAGUAGUCCGAUAUUUCUGGUUUGUUGAUGGACAUGCAAAAGAGGGCUGCACUGGACUUCUUAGUUUUCCUUUAAAGUAAAGCAAAAACUAAACUGUCAUAAAGAGGUUGUGGACUUCUUUUAAUGGGUGCUCCUAAGCAGAAAUGGACUGCAGAAGAAGAAGCGGCGCUGAAAGCUGGAGUAGUCAAACACGGGGCUGGAAAAUGGCGCACCAUACUUACAGACCCAGAGUACAGUGCUGUUUUGCGCAUGCGUUCUAAUGUAGAUCUCAAGGACAAAUGGAGGAACAUAAAUGUGACAGCAAUAUGGGGAUCUAGGCAGAAAGCAAAGCUUGCAAAGAACCUACCAGCCCCCAAACUUGUGAAUAACCACACAGCUUUGAGUACCAUAGUUCAACAUGAAGAUGAUGCGAAUACCAAGCCUCUUGCAGUUUCUGGUGGAACAACUCCUAAUUCUAAAGAGCAAAUAUCAAGGUUGGAUAAUCUUAUAUUAGAUUCUAUCAUCAGGUUGAAGGAGCCCAAGGGUUCUGACCGAGCUGCCAUUGCUGCUUAUAUAGAGGAUCAAUACUGGUCUCCGUCGAACCUCAGAACGUUACUGUCAACAAAACUGAAGCAUAUGGUGGCAAGUGGCAAAUUAAUUAAGAUAAAGCAUAAGUACAGGAUUGCAACAAAUUCAACUAUAUCUGAGAAACAAAGAUGCUCUUCCUUGUUGCUUUUGGAUGGGAGGCCCAAAGAUUCCCCAAAAGCAGAGAAGUCUAAUAAUAUCCUUUCAAAAUCCCAAAUUGAUGCAGAGAUAUCAAAAGCAAGGGGCGUGGUGGCAGCUCAAGAAGCAGCAGCAGCUGCAGCAAAAGCAGUUGCAGAGGCAGAAGCUGCGAUUGCUGAGGCUGAGGCAGCAGCUAGGGAGGCAGAGGCUGCAGAAGCUGAAGCAGAGCAGGCCCGAGUGUUUGCAAAAGCACUAACGAAGGCACUAAAAUGCAGAACGCUUCAUAUUUGCUCUAUUCCAUCACCAUCAUUUCCUAAUGCACCUAUCCAAUUGUUCCAGAACUACUCGUGACAAAAUCUACAACGGUAUCAUCAGCUUGUGCAUGGUUGUUGACAUGAGCAGUGUUUUGGCUUCAGGUGCUUCCUGAAUGUAUUUAAGUAUUGUGCAUAAUUUAGGCUUGUAAAUUAGGAAGGUGCGGCAUCAAUCCAUGGAAUAUUUACUAGGAGUCAGUAAGUUCACCCACAAACUGAGAGAAGUCUGGUCACACCUCAACAACCAGCAAACUUACACAUUGAUUUUUGUUAUGAUUUUCUGCCUCUUUUUGUUUCUGUUACCGUCUUUCUACAUUUUGAGGUUACAUUGUAUUUCAUCUUGUCAUCUGUUAUGAAAGUAAGUAAUCAUCAUUAGAAUCAUACUGAUCAGGGCUCCAUAAUAGAGUCAGCAGCAGGGGCUUAUUCGAUGAGUUGAAAUGAAAAUACCAGUUGAAGA